AUGAAAAAAGCUGUUAUAGGUAAGAAACGUAAGAGAAGUAAAGGGAAAAAUGAACUUACUAAUGAUAUUCUUGGCAAGAAAAGCUCAGAUUCAAAUAGUUUAACACAAAUAACACACAUGGAAAACACAGACUCACCCAAAACAAAUAAGAAAAGUAAGUCAAAUGUAGGAAUUGAGCAAUAUCCGAUUCUGAAAGAUGAACAGUUAAUACAAAAAUUUCACAGUGUGACUUUGACAAAUAACCAAAAAGGUAGAAUCCGUCAACUUUUGAGAGAUAAUCUUAAGGGUACAUCGGAAAAUCUUUUACCUGAUGUUAUCCAUAAUAGAAUGCAAGCAAUACUUAAAAGUACUGAUCAACUUAGUGAUUCAGAUCUAAGAAAGCUUCGAAUCUUGCAUAAUAUGUUAAAAACUGCAAUACAAAGUAAUAACACACAAACAGAAAAAGUAACUGACAAAAGUAAGAAAGAUUCCAAGAAAAAUAAAAAACAAAAGCUAGAAAAUAAUAAAGAUGGGAAAGAAGAAACUGAAAAUAAUUUAGAAGAAAAGGAAUCUAAAAAGGAUGCCAAGAAAGAAGUUGUAACUAAAGUCAAAGGUCCAAAGAGAUAUGUAGUGUUUGUUGGGAAUUUGCCUUUAGGUAUCAAUAGGGAGAAGAUUAUUGAACAUUUUUCUGAAUUAAAAGAUUCUAUAAAGGAUGUGCGGAUACCUAAACAAAGUGAAGGAAAGAAGAGUGCUAUUGCUUAUGUAGAACUAGCAAAUGAAAUUACAUAUGAGUUGGCACUCUCAAAACAUCACUCUAUGCUUGAAAACAAGAGAGUAAAUGUUCUAUACACCGCUCAGAAAAAAGGCAAAAUCAGCAAAACUGAAGCUAAGAGUAAAACGGCAAAACUCGUGGCGUUGCAAAAAUCUGGAAAGCUGAUUGGCAGCGUUCCCAUGAACAGGAAGCGCAGCCAUCGGAGAAUGAAAAUGAAACAAGCGCAAGCGAAGCUAGCAGCCGGUUCCGCCUGA